AUGAGAAAAUUUCGAGAGGAAGGAAAGGGAGGAGACGAAGACAAGGAGGACGAAGACUCACCCCUCAAAUCUGAGAUUCAACUGGUAUGGUUCCCUUCGAGAUUUAAAUUACCAACAUUUGACUCUUUUGAUGGAACAGGAGACCCGAAGAGCCACAUCUCUAAAUUCAAAACAAUUAUGAUGCUACAAGACGUGACAGACCCAAUGCUCUGUAGAGUGUUCCCAGCAACACUGCAAGGUUCGGCACAGAAGUGGUACUCACACCUCAAAGCUGGCUCAAUCAGUUCCUUCUCUGAUCUGGCCACAGGAUUCAAAGCACGCUUCCGGACCAACAUUUCCCUGCAAAAAAGUUCCAGCGACCUGAGAAAGUGCAAACAAGGAGACCAAGAAACACUGAAAUUUUUUGUAGAAAGAUUCAAUAAAGAGGCAGUCCAGAUCGAGAAUCUCAACCACGACACAGCCAUAGAGGCUAUGAAGAUGGGAACCCGAUUCGAAGAGCUCCGAGACAAAAUCCUGAUGAAAAAGCCAACCACCUUCCAGGACUUGAUGCUGAUAGCACACAAGUAUGUGGAACUAGACGAAGCAAGGAGAACUCUAACCAAGCAAUCGGAGACCACGAAACAAGACAGCUCCAGGUUACUGACCUUAAAGAUACCUAUCCCAGAAGGAACAGUGGUAGUAAGGGGAAGCCAAGAAAUGGCCAGGGAAUGA